CGUCGGAACCGGGCCGCCUGAGCUGACCUCCGCGCCCCCGAGUAAUCUCGCACCACCUUAGCCCCUCCCGGCCCUGCACUCCCGCGUGUCUGCCGCGCCGUCUGUUGCUCAGCCUCUUGUCUUCUGAUCUCAGGAUCAGAUUAGCCCACUUGCCUUUCAUCCCUCGUUAAAGGUUUGGCUUUGAGGCCGGUGAGGGUGACCGGAAAAGUGCUGUAAGAAUUUCAGAUAGAAGAUGGUGGUGGUAAAAUCGUCCAGUGCUGGGCAUGAUUUGUAUGUAUUGUCGCUGUCCUGCAAACUGAACAGACGGAGAGCCCAAGUUCACCUACACGUGGGAUGCCGUAGGAUGUUUUUUUCUCAAACUGUUGUUAGCUCUUGUGAGAGCAGCAUUAAGAUUUCCGCCCCUCACAACCCCCGCCUCCCGCCCUUGGCGCUGCGAAAGCACAGCACUUUUGUGGUGAGCGACUGAAUGAUGCUCAGUGUCUCUAACUGCACCAGUAUGCAUGAGCGAGUGCACCGAACAGAAAGACAAUUUCGAUCACUCCCAGCUAAUCAGCAGAAACUACUUCCGCAGUUUCUUCUUCACUUGGACAAGAUCCGGAAAUGUGUUGAUCAUAAUCAAGAAAUACUACUCACCAUUGUGAAUGAUUGCAUACAUAUGUUUGAAAAUAAAGAAUAUGGAGAAGAUGAGAAUGGAAAGAUUAUGCCAGCAUCUACAUUUGACAUGGAUAAGUUAAAAUCCACAUUGAAACAGUUUGUGAGAGACUGGAGUGAAACUGGGAAAGCAGAAAGGGAUGCCUGCUACCAGCCAAUCAUUAAAGAAAUUGUAAAAAAUUUUCCAAAAGAGAGAUGGGAUCCUUCUAAAGUAAAUAUUCUGGUACCUGGUGCUGGACUAGGAAGACUGGCCUGGGAAAUAGCUAUGCUAGGUUAUGCUUGUCAAGGAAAUGAAUGGAGUUUUUUUAUGCUCUUUUCUUCCAACUUUGUACUCAACAGAUGUUCUGAAAUUAAUAAAUAUAAGCUUUAUCCCUGGAUUCAUCAGUUUAGCAAUAAUCGGAGGUCAGCUGAUCAGAUUCGACCCAUCUUUUUCCCUGAUGUUGACCCCCACAGUCUUCCUCCUGGUUCUAACUUUUCUAUGACAGCAGGAGAUUUUCAGGAGAUAUACUCAGAAUGCAGUACCUGGGACUGUAUUGCUACCUGUUUCUUCAUAGACACAGCUCACAAUGUAAUUGAUUAUAUUGACACAAUAUGGAAAAUACUCAAACCAGGUGGAAUUUGGAUAAAUCUAGGUCCUCUGCUAUACCACUUUGAAAAUUUGGCAAAUGAACUUUCCAUAGAAUUGAGCUAUGAGGAUAUAAAAAACGUUGUCCUGCAGUAUGGAUUCCAGGUAGAGGUGGAAAAAGAAUCUGUCUUGUCAACAUAUACUGUGAAUGAUCUCUCCAUGAUGAAGUACUACUAUGAAUGUGUCUUGUUUGUGGUCCGUAAACCACAAUAACGGUCUCAAGUGGUAUCACAAGGAAAAAAGUUUAAUAAUAGAUUGCUGAAAUAAACAACUCAAAGUCAACUAUCACAAUGACAGGACACAAUCUCAAGUGGUAUCACAAGGAAAAAUGUUUAAUAAUAGCAGAUGCUGAAAUAAACAACUCAAAGUCAACUAUCACAAUGACAGGACACAACCUCAAGUCAGUGGUGCCUUCUUAUUCCUAAGAAAAUUAAGAAAUAGCGUCUAUUUUCUUAAUAUGUCUAUUGCUUUUUCAGAAACAUACUAUGCCAUGCAUAUUUGUACUACACAAGUAAAAAUGGAGGAAAUGUCUUCAAGUAUACAUUUUCCUUGAAGCCCAGAAUUAUCUUUCAGUAGAAAAAACUUUAUCUCCAGUGUCUUCAAAUAUACAUUUUCCUUGAAGCCCAGAAUUAUCUUUCAGUAGAAAAAACUUUAUCCAGUGUCUUCAUGAAGCUGUCCAUUGCAAGUCUGCCAUAUGAAUGACUAAUAGUAUUGAAGUCCAUAAUAAUCUCCUUUUUUGUUCUUUUGUAUGCAUUGCACGUUAUUUUUAAAAGAGUCUAAGGAUCCUCUGUCACUUUCAACAUCUGGAAUUGGGAAUUUUGUUUACUUUGGACCUAAGGAAUCUAUACAUAAAAUGUGCAUCUAUUCUUUUAUCAUUCAGAUUAUUUGAUUUUAUUUUCUAGCUCAGCUGAAUUUAUAGUUAGCAUCAAACAUUUCAUUUUUAUGAAAUGCUGAAUUCAUAGGAUCACAGGCCAGUAAAAUGCAUUUUAAAUACUGAGAAAUUAAGUCUUUUGGCCACGCUAAAUUGAACGCUUUUUGAAAGCAUACUCAUCAUGGAUCACUCUGAAAUGUAUGAGAUCUCAACAUUCUAAGUGAGGCACAAAAGCCUUUAUUAAAGGUACUGCUCGGAAACUGGGGACAUAAGAAUAAAAUCUGUCCAUUUGAAAUGUACGAUUUCAAACUAUAAAUGAAUACAGAGUGUGUCAGUGAGAUGUUUACAAUAAUGUCUUUUCUUUAGGUUACAUGAAUUACAAAAGUAAGCACUUUUUUUUCCGUUAAAACAAUUAUAUACUAGUAAAAACUGUCAUGAUAGUAUUAAUGUGGAGAAAUUUUGAUUAUGAAAUUUAGGGAUAAAUUGCUGCCCAUGGUCUGUGUCUUUAAUAUUGUAAGAAGCAGCCAUUAAUAUAAUUUCAGAUUAAUACCAAUUUUGUUCCCUGAUAGCUGUAGCUAAAACAGUAUAUAUGCUGCUUUAAAUUUCUACCUCUAGCUGAUCUUUAUUGGAGGGAGUUUUCCUUUGUAUUUUUUUAAUGUUUAUUUUCCUGUUUUCCAGUAGCUUGAUAAGUAGAGAUGACUAAUUUAACCUUUUCUUGGAGAAAAGGAAGUAAUAUUGAAUAUUUUCACAGAUGAUUGUGAUGACAUUAAGUGACCUCUGUGGCAAUUUGGAUUAGAUAGACUUAAUCUCAAUAAUGUGCUGGUAGCAUAAAUGUCAUGUUUUCAUAGGAAAACUUACUUAGAAAUCUUUAGACCUUUACUGUCACUUAGGUGCGGGGGAGUCACUACGCGAUUUGGCAUCUUACCAGUAGGACCUUUUCUGCAUACACUACAGGAGCUCCUGUGGCCUUUAUGCCCGUGAUGCAGUGAAGGAUUCCGUGAAGUUAAUUUGUCAAGUUAUGGACACGUGUAUGUAACCUGUUGAGUGUUUCUGAAAAACUGUUCCUCUUUUUUGUGUUCCUCAAUACUUGGCAGAUAUUCACUUAGUGGGAAUUCUCCUUACUUACCACAUGGAUGAACUUGAAAUUAAUUGCAAGGGGAAAAAGCCCCCAAAUUUAUUGUUUUAUUUUAAAGAAAGAAACUAAAAGGAGCAUAAGUAUUUUCAAAAAGCCAUAGAAAGGAAAGGAAUCAUGCUGUUUGUAAUUUAGAAAUGCUUUUUAUUCACUGAUUAAUAUUCACUUUUUUACAACUUGUCUCAAAACAAACGAUCUUGGUUUUCUCAUAGAGGGAAAAACAGGUUGACACCAAUGGGUUGGCAUUAUUACUUAAAAUUUUUGCUAUCAGGUUUUAUUCUUUAAUAAUGUUACUUAUAUUUCUAAAUUAUAGCUUAUAUUUUAGUUAAUUCUGAAAUCAGUUACUUCAUUUGUUUCUAAUUUCUCCCUCAUAUUAUGAACUGUUUUUUAAACGUACUUCACAAAUUUGCAUCACCCUUUUUCUUAUAGCUUUUGUAGUUAAUAUAUUCUAAACUUGAAAAUUGUGGUAUCAAUCAAUAAUAGACAUGUCACUGGAGGAUUUAAUUUUGUAUUUCUUAUGUGUAGAAAUAGCUACUAAAGUGUGUAAGCCUUAAAGUUUAAAACAUUUUUCUUAAAUAACUCUAUACACAAAUGUUUUCAUUCAUUUCAUAAGUGGGAGGAGAUAGGUCAUUGUGCUUGCUUUUGUUGUUGUUGUUUUUUUUUUUAAUUUCCAUAAUCUGAAGCAAUGCAGGCUAGGGUAUAUUAAUCAAGUGAGCAAGAUGGGAUAUGUAAAAUAUAAAGAGAAGCUGUAUACAUCACAGUAUAAAAUCAUGAAGUUUGGGAACUGUAAAAUGUACUGUAUUUAUGUGUAGCUCUCAUUCUAAAAGUUGCCACAAAGGCUGAAUCGGAAGCUUCAUGUCUGCAUGAAAUUUCCUAUAUUUUUAAUGUGUAUGAUGGACUUAAUUUUUCUUGAAUAUUAAAGUCUGCCAAUUGCUAUGAAACAAUAUUUGCUUGGUUGUUUCUAUCUAAAUUACUCACAGCCAUAGACAUGGGAAUUUUAAUUGAUUGAACACAUAAUACUUUUGAACCCUUGGAUUAGCCUAUUUUUAUAUGCUUCUAAUAUGAUUACUUGGUUUCUGAGUAUGCUGGGCCUUAUACUAAUUAAUCUGGGUCUUUGGUUUUGUUAAAUAAUCAAACAAGAGUUGUAAAGGAACCAGUAGAAGAAAAUUCCAGGACCAGCCAUUAGUAGGAUGAGCACUUAACUUACACUUAGAUACUCUUCCUGAAUUAUUAUUUGUGAUCUUGGGCAAGGUGCUCCGAGUUUGUUUCCUCAUCUAUAAGAGAGGAUUGAUACCACCUAUCUCAGUGGGUUUUUAUGAGGUCGU